AUGGCUGCUGCUGAAGAAGGGACUGCUGUGGCUGGGGAGGAUAAGGGAGGAGGGGGGGACCCAGGAAUCCCGGCUGCUGCUGCUGCUGCUGCUGCUGCUGCGGCUGCCGCUGCUGCUGCUGCUGCUGCUGCUGCUGCUGCUGCUGCUGCUGCUGCUGCUGCUGCUGCUGAGGCUGCGGGUCUGGAAGGGGGGGGAGAAAGACUUGUACCUGGUGCAGGAGGUGGGGAGGCAGGUGCUGCUGAUGGGGGCGCCCACAGCGGAGCUGAAGCGGGUGAAGAGCGGGUGAUGCACUUUGCAGUGUUCGCCUCCUACCACCUCGCCCUCGAGACCUCCUUCCUUGCCCUUUCCCCCUCUGCCCACUCUCCCCACCAGGUGCUGCUGAUGGGGGCGCCUACAGCGGAGCUGAAGAGGGUGAAGCGGGUGCUGCUGAUGGGGGCGCCAACAGCGGAGCUGAAGAGGGUGAAGCGGGUGAUGCACUUUGCAGUGUUCGCCUCCUACCACCUCGCCCUCGAGACCUCCUUCCUUGCAGACGAAGGCGCCCUCCCCCCCGGCAUCGCUCCCUGCCCUCCUCUCUGUGCCGCGUUGCCUCCUGCUCCUGCUGCUCCUGUCAACUCUGCUCCUGCUACAGCCGCCGCGUUUCCCGCCGUUGCUGCUGACCCUCCUCCUCUUCCUGCUAUGGCUUUCUCAGGUGAAUCUGCUGCUGCUGAUGUUCCAGCACGGUUUGGAGAUGGUGGUGGGAAUGGGGAGGUUGAAGAUGGGGAGCGAGAUAGACGAGCACAGGUACAGGUCCCUGGUGCUUCGGUUGGUUCUCAUCUGCCAGCUGGCACUCCGCCAUUGGCCGGUGAUGCUCUGGCAGCGCAGCCUUAUCUGCUUGCUGACGUCAUGGCUGCUGAUGUGGCUUCCACAGAUGAAUCUGCUGCCGUCGAUCGUUCAGCCGGAACUGGUGCUGGUAUUAUCGCCCCCCCUCCUGCUACAUCUGUACCCGCUAGUAGCAGCAGCACUAGCAGCAACAACAGGCCGUCACCUCGCCGGAUCGCACAGCUAUCAGCAUCCCUCUGGGCCAGUGGGGUGUCUGCUGUAAGAGAGGGUGUGAGGGAGAGUGGGGAGAGUGUGAAAGACAGUGGGGAGGGUGUGAGGGAGGGUGCAGUAGACAGUGAGAGGCAGCGUCGAAAGGAAGAGGAGGUGGGUGCUGGGGAAAUAGGAGGAGAAGGAAGCUCAGGUGGAGGUGCAGGAGAGGCAGCAGGAGAUGCAGCAGGGGCCCCAUCACCAGGUGAGGCGAAGGGGAAUGGUGUGGCACCAGCACCAGCAGAAGCAUUUGCAGAGGCAUCGGCAGAGGCAGCAGGUGGUGAGGAGAUUCCGCGUGCAUCAGCAGCACAAGGGCAGCAGCCACAGGUGGAUGAGGAGCUGACUCUGAAGCAAUCCCAGCAGCCUGCAGGGGUGCUUUCUCCUCCUCCUCCUCCUCAGCAGCCGCAGCAGCAGGCGCAGCAGCGGCAGCAGGGAGGGUCCCAACUCGCCCCUCUCACCCCACAGCCCCACCUGGCCCACCCACUGGCCCCGGUGUCCCCAUCGGAGCACCAGUCGAUCCUUGUGUGGACGUCCAGCCGCUGUGUGUCGCGCAAGCUGCUGUGUGAGCCGCCGGAGCUGAUGCGAAUCAAGUACUACGGGGACAGGGACAUGCCACUCGGGCACUUUUUGACUCAGUUUGUUCUCAACCCGCUCUGGGGGGAGGAGGUGUGUGUGAGAGUGUGUGGGUGUGGGGAAAGAGUAGGGGGAGGAGGUGUGUGUGAGAGUGUGUGGGUGUGGGGGAAGAGUGGUGCAAGGAGCCGCUGUGUGUCGCGCAAGCUGCUGUGUGAACCACCGGAGCUGAUGCGAAUCAAGUAUUAUGGCAACAGGGACAUGCCGCUGGGGCAUUUCUUGACUCAGUUCGUGCUCAACCCCCUCUGGCUGCUGUGUGAGGCGCCGGAGCUGAUGCGCAUCAAGUACUACGGGGACAGGGACAUGCGACCGCCGUUGUUGUUGUUUCCCUCACUAUCUCCUUGCUGCCCCUUCCCCCCUGUCUUGCCCCCUUCCUAUGCCUUCUGUCAGCGCUGCAAGUGCGGCAUGCCAUCUCAGGACCAUGUGCGCGUGUACUCGCACAAGGAGGGCUCGCUCACCAUCUCCGUGCGCAAUCCAGUCAUACCCUCCCUCCCUCCUCCCUCCCUCCCUCCCUCCCUCCCUCCCUCCCUCCUCCCUCCCUCCCUCCCUCCCUCCCUCCCUCCCUCCCUCCCUCCCUCCCUCCCUCCCUCCCUCCCUCCCUCCCUCCCUCCCUCCCUCCCUCCCUCCCUCCCUCCCUCCCUCCCUCCUUGUUCCCCUUCUCUCACGCGUAUACCCCUUCCUCUCACCAGCGCUGCAAUGGGGGGUGCGUGCCCGCCGCCCGCUGCCGCCCGGUGCAUCUGGAUGUGGCACCGCUGCCGCCAGUGCCGCCCGGUGGACGGGGUGGCGCCGGCCACGCGCCGCGUGC